CGAUUAAAGCCAAACAUAAAACAAAGCUGACUAACAAGUAAAGCGAUUACGAUGUGACGUUACUGUUAACCAGUACGUCGAUCUAUGCGUUUAUAUUUUUUCGAGCCACUAUCGAAUUUUAAUUUGACGUAUUCGGUGGUGAUUGUCGCCGUGAUAAUUAAAAAAAAAUGGUAAAACUUGACCGGCGAAGAUUGUUGAUACUUUCCACCGCCGCUCAUUACUUCGGAGUGCCAAGUGACGACGAUUUCGAGGUCACCAGGACACCGGAAGUUGACAAAUUUCUCGACGAACCAUCUUGCAGGACUCUGUGCGCUCAACCACGUCACCAGGAUUCAGCUAAUCUCAAACUUACCAACGAAUUACCUUCGCGAGGUGGAAAUACCCUGGUGUUUUUCAAGGUGGCUUCAACGGCCGUAACGGAAGAUAAUUUUCACGAACUCGUGCAAAUCGCUACUACCGGAGGAGCCAAGAAACGCGAUUCCAACGACACAGGGGAAACUUUGUCUCUUGUUAGCUCGCUCAGUCUUGUUUGGGCUCCGGCAUUACAACGAGCUGGAAUCGCUGGGAAUAUUCUGAAAAAACUUGAAGAGGAUUUGCUGGGCCCUCGAGCCGCUACUAACGUUGCCGAAGAACAAGCGACCUGGGAAAGGCGGGCGAAUGACGCAAAAAGUUCGGAAGACCGCAGGGUCGCGCAAGAAGCUGCUGAAAUAUUAAAAAACGUCAGAGUCGAACUUGACCGCAUUACCGCUUCGAGAGAAGGUAUCGAGGGCGCGGAAGAAGGUCUAGAAGCCGUGGCGGGAUUCGUCGAUGAUCUUUGGAAGCUGGAGGGUUCGGUUUACUCCGAAUCUCGAACAAAAUUGCUUCUCGAUGUGAUCGGAAACGAGGUAGUCUCAGUUGUCGAAGCUCUUCUGCGUACGCAAGGUACAGAUAAUGCUCAGGCAAGAGACGAGGCUGUUUCCGUUGGCGCGACGCUGUGCGAAAAAUGGGCUUCGAGUUCCGAAAGACUCACGGGACUCUUUUGGCCCCAUCAAUCUCUGCACCCAUGGAAAGGCGGUGUUCAUAUACCUCAGAGAUGCCUCAGACUGGGAAAACGGCUGAGGCUCAUAGCGGAAUUUCGUGCUCAGCAUAGGCAACUCGUCAGGCUUUUAACGCCAAGCGAACGAAUCGCUUUAGGCACCGAUCACCUUCUCCGAGCAUUCGACGAGGUGCAAGGCUUAGGUGUAGACGAGAACGAAGUUGCAUGGGAACGAGCAAAACGAAAAGUAGAAGAAUCUCUUGCACCUGCGGAAGAAAGAGUAGCUGGAAAGCUGCGCGUUCAAUUUUCCGGGGUUCAAAGUCCCGUUGAAUUAGCCGCGGAAUUCAGACGGUACAGCGAUCUGCUGAAGAGAGAAGCUCUGAGGAGGGCAUUGCGCGGUGAACGAGAAGCUCUUUUAUCGGCAAUCAGUGGACUCGUAGAAUCCUGCCAAGUUGGUCCGGACACGCUACGGCUCAUCGACAGUCCCAGAGUCCUGCAGGAAAUUCAAGCCGCAAGAACGGCCGAGUUGAGACUCGAAGGGCUGAAAAGACUCGUCAAAGAACUACUCGAUGAUUUGCCCGGCUACGACGAGGCGGCUUCGAAAAUUAAUUCGGCUCUCAAGCAGACCGCAUCGCGUCGACAGGAGCUCAUCGAGUCCUGGACGGACCAAGUACGAGCAGCCGUGCUUUCGAAGGAGCUUAGUCUGAACGCGGAUGGUGCGGUGGUCGAAUUGACCGGAACUAGCAUGAUGCGGGUAACUUACGAUCCGCGACUCACGCAACUGGUGCGCGAGGUCCGAGCUUUAGCUAGUCAAGGGGUUGAAUUGCCGCGGGAAAUUAGCAUGCUGGCGGAAAGAGCAGGAUCGUUGGCCAGCCGUGCGAAGGCUUUGCAGCAGGUUGCGACUUUCCACAAUACGAUUGGAGAUCGAAUGGUUUUAUCACAGAGACCUUUGAUGCUCGUAGCGGCUUUGGAGCUCGCACGUGCCGUACGCGAACAGUCCGGAGUCGCAUGGAGCGACGCGCAAAGAGUCGACGCGUACACGACGCGUCUGAGGGAAUUGGUACGAAAGUUCGCCAGACAAAAUUCUGAGUUGAGCGCAAAACACGCAGAGCUCGUCGAAAGGGUCGCGAGUCUUUUAAAAAGCGAGGGAGUCAAUCUCGCCGUAAAUCAGAGCGGGUGGAAGGAAACCCUGAGGAAUAUGAGGUCGACGGUCGAUUCGGUGGAAAGCGAGUACGGAAAUACCAAGGCAUGGAAACUUCACUGGGAUCGUCAGUUGCUCAAAGCCCUCGGUGUUGCUUACAGAGCCGCUCUACCCUCACUUCUGCAAAAACUUCCGGAGGUCAGAGUAGAGCUAGUUUUUCGCGAGGGUCGUCUCCAGUGGCGACCGCCUAUCGAGGAAGUUCGCGCAAAGUUGUACUCCGGAUUACGCCGUUUUCUUUCGAUUCCAACGAACUUCCGGGGCGUCGGUGAUAUCGCUGAAGGACAGUUCGGCGGUCUGAUAAAACGGAGCGCAUACCUAUUCGGCCGAGUCUAUGGGGAUGCUGAAAAUGUUCUCGCUGCCAUGGAGGCUACACGGUUGAAAUGGACACCUUUGACAGCACCGGCCAGAAUUGACCCUGGUGAACGUUUGAAGGGUCGUCCCUAUAACGAGUGGGAAAAGGCCUUCAAGGACGCGAAACAGUGGGCGCAGGAAAUCGGCCGAUUAAGGGGGACUGAGGUGAGACUCUGGUGCGUCCGAGUGGACACGGGAACAGCGAGAGGGGACUUGGAAUCUACAACGCGAAGAAGUUGGGAGCGUCUUUCGGUUGAUCUGAAAACUGAAGCCUCCUCGCGCUUGGUAGCGGUCACGGAAUUUCUAUCAUCCGCAUCCAAGGAACUUGAUCAGCGUCCCAGAACCGUAGAAGAGAUAGGAUUGGCCCGCGAAGCUUAUGCCAGAAUCCGCGACGACGCUUCCGGCAUCGCUAAGGAACUCGACGAUGUUGCGGGACUCGCGAGAGUCCUUGCCGCCUGGACGAGGGAACGACUGGAAGGAGUCAGCGGCACGAAGGCAGCGUGGGAAGGUCUCGCCGAUCGGCUGGAAAGACAUCAAGCGGUGAUCACGCGCCAGGUAGAAGAUGCGAAACUUAAUUUACGCCACAGAUAUAUCACGCUGAGGGAUGACCGGGAACGAUGGGGGGUGAGAUGGAGUGAGAGACCGGAAGUUGUGGAUGCUGAAUGGCUGGCGACUACGAGAGAGCGAUGGGUCACCUUGAUCGAGACGAGAAAGUCGUUGGACGACGAGUGCCACCGUCUGGCCCUAGAUCUCCAUGAUAUCGGGGACGAUCUUGAAAUUGGAGGAGAUGGGAGUGAGGGGCCUUCGCCCUCUCAGAUCGAAGCAGAACUUGAAGCCUUGGAAACUAACUGCAGAGUACAAUCAGAAUUUAUGGAAGAACUUGGCAAACAGGAAGCCGAGGAGUGGAGCGUUGCUAGGAGGCGAUUGCCUCGAUUUCAGGAUUGGCUCGAUUCGUGGGAGGCACGUCUUCACGCGCGUGUUGGAGGAUCGGAAAUCGGGGCACAGAGAGAAUCGACUGGACUUGAAACUUUCGUUGAAAAGAAGAUUCGAGAAAUUAGGGCUGCAGUCGAAUGGGUCCAGUACGUCCGAUCCGAUGAUCUGGUCGAUGAACAUUGGGCGGAACUUGCUGAAAUCCUAAACCUGCCUACAAAAAGAUUUCAGGAAGUCACGCUGGGUCAACUUUUGAAUGUAGCGCCGAUCAUCAGCGAGAACAUUGAUAAAAUAAAGACGGUGACAAAAAAAGCUGCGGCUGAAGGCGGAAUUCGUCAGGCUCUUGCCGAACUCGAGUCUUGGGAGGGUUCGGCGUCCCUUCCUGUGCAAAUGACUAAAGAUAGCCAAGGUUUAAACGUGUAUUGCGUCACUGAGUAUGCCGGUCUUCUCACGAGAGCAGGUGAACUAAGAUUGCUCCUCGAAGGAGCGAGAAGCUCAUCUUGCUACGAAAGAUUUGCAGCGCAGGCUGGUCGCUGGGAGGCUACUCUUGCCGAACUAGAAGAAAGGGUGAGGAUCCUUAGUGCGAUCCAGAGGAAAUGGGUAUAUCUUGAACCGAUUUUCGGAGGGGGUGCGGCGCCCAAUGAAACUGCCAAAUGGAUUCGUGCCGACAAGGAGUACAGGUAUCUUAUGGCAGAGAUAUCGAGGGAUUCCAGAAUUCCAGCGUUGAGGCGUCUUCCUCUUCCCGCCUUUGCAGACCUCAAGGACGCCUUGGACAGGUGUCAACGGAGUUUGGAUGAGUUUCUCGAGGAAAAGCGGGCCGCAUAUCCUAGACUUUAUUUCUUGAGUGACGAAGACCUUCUGGAACUUGUCUCCGGGGGACGAGGACUGGAUGCUCAUUUACCCAAAUUAUAUCCAGGGGUUGGGGGUGCCGUAACAGAGGGGAAUGUUUUGAAAGCUGUCAUUUCCCCGGAGGGUGAGCUGCUCAAACUACCGAAAGAGGUACAACUCACUGAUCCGUUGCCAGAAUGGCUCGCGGCUCUCGAAGCGGGAAUAAGAGAAGCCCUGCGUCUUAGUUUAGACGAGUGUCUCGCAGACUCUUCACCUGAUCCCUCUUGGUAUCCAGCGCAGAUUCUCUUGUUGUCUGAGCGUAUACGUUUUACUGAUCGAUGUGAACGAGCUAUGCGGGAGGGCACUGCGUCCUUGAAAAAUCUAGUUGAGGCAUUGGAGGCUCAGCGUGCUCGUUAUCGUGGAUUAGAAGACGUGGGAGAUCGUUUGACCGCGUUAAAAGCACGGGGAUUACUUUUGGACGUGGUUCAUCAUCUGGGAGUAGUUUGGUCAUUGAUUAGCUCAACUUCAACUUCCGGUACCACGUCAAGGAUCUCCUGGGACUGGAGCAGGCAGCUGAGAACAUACAGAGGAACUCCCGAUGGUGGACCGCCGAUGAUAAAAUGUGCAGGAGCAGAAUUUCCCUAUCGAUUCGAGUACCAAGGCGCUUCCGUUGGUCUUGUUCGCACAUCGUUAACGGAAAGAUGUUUCCUCGCCCUUUCUCAAGCGAUGAGACUCGGUCUGGGAGGCAGUCCCACUGGUCCUGCUGGGACCGGAAAAACAGAGAGCGUCAAAGCACUCGGUGCUAUUUUGGGUCGACUCGUCUUGGUUUUCAACUGCGACGAGGGAAUGGACGCCGGCAGUGUGCGGAGAAUUCUGGGUGGGCUCGCCCAGUCUGGAGCUUGGGGAUGUUUCGACGAGUUCAAUAGACUGAAGGAAGAGACUUUGAGCGCAGUUUCGAUGCUCGUAGGUCCUCUGCAAGAGGCAGUACGCGAUGGAGCUCUUCACGUUCAGCUGGGUAGUGAGAGGGUGAAACUCGAUAAGCACUGCUGCAUUUUUAUAACGAUGAAUCCGGCUGGUGCGGAAUACGGGGGUCGUCACAGGCUUCCAGAUUCUCUUGCACGGCUUUUCAGACCCGUUGCUAUGGCGCAUCCGGACAGGCUCGAUAUCGCCGGCUCGUUAUUGGAGUGUGCCGGAUUUUUGGAAGCUAGAACUCUGGCGAAGCAACUCGUGGAGACAUUGGAUCUUGCCGAAAAACUUUUAUCCAGACAGCCUCACUAUGACUGGGGGCUCAGGGCGCUCAGAUCGGUACUAGAAGCGGUUCAUCACUCUUCGGGUGAGAAGUUACCCGCUGAGACAGCGAGAAUUUUGGAGGGACUAAGAAUCGCGAUCAUGCCAAAGCUGACGGAAUCUGAUGCUACCAAAUUCCGUGGUCUACUCUCGGAUGUAUUUCCGAAAGAGGACCACCGAAAAAUUCGUUCGGCCAGCUUCGAUCACGCUGCCCAUCCCGCAGAACUUUACGCUUCCGUCGAAGCUAUUUGCAAAGCUUCGGGAUUAGGCGCUGAAGUAGUCGAACGUUGCGUUCAGCUUGACCAACAACUCAAAUCUCGUGCCGGCGUUGCCGUAGUCGGUCCUCCUGGCUGCGGAAAGACUCUUUUGCGAAAGACACUCGCUCAUGCGAUGUCGAACAUUGGAACACCGGUUGUUCAGAUUCUCGUCUACCCGGGGGCCGUCACUAAAUCAAGGCUUCUCGGACGUGUGGAUCCCCAGACCAGGGAAUGGCAGGAGGGGCUACUCUCGGGUAGUGUCGCGUCAGCAGGAAGCACACCAACUUGGAUCGUCCUCGAUGGAGAUGUGGAACCCGGUUGGGCUGAAGCUUUGAAUUCAGCGUUAGAUGAUAACCGACUUUUGACUUUGCCGAAUGGAGUUGGAAUCCGUCUCGGACCUGCUACCAGAUUUGUAUUUGAGACCCAUAAGCUCGAUGGCGCCAGUCCCGCAACCGUUUCUCGUCUCGGCGUCAUCCAUCUGGGUUCUGUACCUCCGAAAACUUUGCUAUCCUCCUCGCGACUGGAGACAUUGCCGCCACAGAUCCAAGACAUGAUCCUCAAUAAUUUGCCGAAUGGGGUGGACGCAGUCCUCAAAGGAAAGGGGCAGCGAUCGUCGGCAUCCGGUUUGGUGAACAGCGCUUUGGUGCAUUUGGGAUCAGCCCGAACUCGCACCAUGGCAUCUCUCGCUAUAGUGCGUUCUUUGUGCGGUGAAAUCCAGGAUUCUACGUCUAGAGAUAAUCUGGCGAAACUUUUGUACGAGGCAACUGACUGUAGGUGUCCCGAUUCAAAAAAACCAUGCGCUUUAAUUUACGAUCCAGAAAGAGAUCGCUUGGAACCACUAGACGAAGCUAUCGCACAUUUGGACACCGACGAAGGACCAAUUUCCAUGUCAGGCUCUGUCAAGAUUGCAAUGGCUGCAAUAAUUCCUUGCAUGGAAUCGGGUCACCCGGUUUUAUUGCGAGGUCCAUCGGGUGCCGGAAAAAGCUCAACGAUCGCUGCAGCUUUGGCGUCGACCGGGGAUGUCCGGGGCGGUGCUUCCGUUGUACGUGGAUCUUCGCUGCAUGGGCCGGAAGAGCUGAUAGCCAGAUUAAAACGAGCGUGUAUUCAAGUAGACUCUUCAUCUUCUCACGGCAGAACCUACAGACCACGUAGUGGUAGACACCUGAUUUUAUUGCUAGAAGACAUUCACCUGGCUUCAAAGGACCUCCAAGAACUCAGUCGACAGCUUCUCCAAGAAGGAGGAUUUUACGAAAACGAUCUAGAGUUUGCUAAACUUCCGGUAACUGUGGUUUUUACUGCGGAUUCAACGACUCCGCUUCAUCCGAGGCUCGAAGCUCUGCUGGCAACACAUCAUAUUUCGCAACCGAGAUCGAAAGAAUUAUUGGCGAUCGUCGAGCUUCAUUUACGAUCUUCUCUAAAGCGAGAUGAGAGUGACAAAGAAGUUGGAGAUUCUCUGAUCACUCGAAUAGCAGGUGUGAUGCUAGAAGCUUUUCGAGGACUGGCUUCGUCGGAGAUGAAUUGGACCUCCAGAGACCUUGCGGCCUGGGCAGAUGCCCUUGAAUUCUACCCUUUUCCAGAGGAAUCAUCUGAAAGGAUCAGGCACGUAGUGGACGCCGGUCGUCGACUUUUCUCAGCGAGACUUUUACCAACAGCGAGAUCGCGUUGGGAAUCGACAGUUCUUGCCAGAUUCCCAGAAGUCAGAGGAGCCGGUGACGACAUUUACGCCUGGAGGGGUGGAAGUGCUGGUGCAGGGCUUCUUCCUUACGGCCCCGAGCAAUGGCGACAGGAAGUAGAAAAUGCAGCAAUGAAAUGCGUCAGAGAUGGGCAUAGGAUUGAAACAGAAAUGACAUCGAGAUUCCUGCAAUUGGUUGCAGGGGCUAGCUGGGCUCUCAGCCGGGGUCAGCGAGGACGAAAUAGUCAGCAAGGUCUUGCUUUAAUCGGACGUCCAGGUGCAGGACGAAGAACGGCGGUGCGACUCGCAGCUAUGUUGUCUUCCUUCAGUUUGAUGGAUGCCGCGCCUGGUCGAGGACGCGUAGCGAUUAGAACAGCCGUCCAAGCAGCUGGUAUUGACGGUGAACCAACGUUGCUACUUCUGGAGGAGCAUCAUCUCAGGGAAGAGGGAAUUGCGAUCUUAGUUGCUGCUUUGAUUGACACGGGUGAGAUACCAGGGCUCGUAACGCCGGAAGAAUUAGACGGAAUGAUCGUGCCUCUCGGGGAGCUUGCGAGAAGGGAAGAUUUUUCUGGGAGUUUAGAGCAGUAUAUGCAGCACAGAUUAAAGACGCUGCUCCGCGUCGCUAUCGUUUUGGAUGAAGAAGAUACCAGUGAGAAAUGGAUCGAACGAUCCGGGGUGCUGAGCCACUGCGUUAUUCUCGGAGGAGAUCAGUGGUGGACUUCGGAGUUGGCUCUAAAAGAACUAGUAACUCGUCGAUUUGGGAGUCGGGACUCGGAACAGGAUCAAGAAACGGAGAUUAUAGUCGCCGCACAUCUUAAUGUCGUCGAUUCGGAAGAGAAAACUCCAGCAAAUUUUAUCGCUCUCCUGCAUGCGUACGAAUCCUUAAAAAAUCAAUGGACUGAAGAUAUCGAGCAACAGUUAGCCAGCCUAGAAGCUGGCAUCGGAAGACUCAAAGAAGCUGGUGAUCAUGUAGCAAAACUCCAGGCUGAGGCUUCGAAGCAGCAGGAGGAGCUUGAGAUAGAGAAAGGCAAGGCAGCUUCUGCGCUGGAACAGAUCACAGCUACUAUGAGAGGUGCAACGGGUCAGCGUGAAGAAAUGACCACAUUGAAGGCAGAAACAGAACGCGAAAGUGCGGAACUUGCACGUCGAAAAGCAGAUAUUGAAGCGGAAUUGAACAGGGUGGAACCUUUGGUAGUUGAAGCAGCACAGGCAGUGGCUGGGAUUGGUGCAGAUGCCCUUGCUGAGGUCAGAUCCUUGCGAGCACCUCCGGCACCGGUCAGGGACGUUCUUGAGGGUGUCCUCCGGUUGAUGGGAAUCCGCGAUACGUCCUGGAACAGCAUGAAGACGUUUUUGGCCAAACGAGGGAUGAAAGAUGAUCUCAGAACGUGGGAUGCAAGAAGGAGUUCUUCCACGAGUCUAGACGCCGUCGAAAAACUCGUCACGGAAAGACCGGAGAGUUUUGAAGAAAAAACUGCCCGAAGAGUGUCCGUUGCUGCGGCUCCACUGGCAACUUGGGUCCUGGCAAACCUUCGCUAUGGUCAAGUUCUUCGGGAUGUUGCGCCGUUGGAAAGGGAGCAAAGAAUCCUUGCCGAACGACUCUCUACGGCGGAAGCUCAGCUCGGAAGUUUGGCCGCAGGGCUUAAUUCCGUGGAGGGUCGUGUGGGACAGUUGCAACUGGAAUUAGCUGAGCACUCGCGGGGAGUUGCAGCUUUGCAGUUACGUGCCGAAAGUACAGAAACGAGUUUAGCGUCCGCGCAAGGACUCCUGAAGGGCUUGGGUGCGGAACAUCACGAUUGGGAAAUUCAGCGCCAGCACCUCACCGGAAGAAAAUCAAGGCUGACAGUCGAAGCAGCCGGCGCAGCGACUCUUCUCGUCUAUCAAGCAACAAGAGACCAAGAUGAGGUCCUAAAGACGUCAAUCGAACUUUUGACAACGGAACGAGAGCGCCUUUCCUGGAGAGCGCAGGGCUUGCCAGUGGACAGUGAAAGUCUGAUAGCUGCGAUUCGGGCCCUGAAGGGUCCUCUGGUUCCUCUUUUUCUAGAUACAUCCGGGGUCGCAGUUACCUGGUUAAAAGCGAAUCAGACAUCUUCAGGUCUGGAGAUCACCAGGCCUGAAGAUACCCGGUUUCUAACGACCUUGGAGCUCGCUGUACGUUUUGGAAAGCCUCUGCUCAUUGAAGAGAUUGACGCUCUGCCGGCAGUUCUCCUACCACUUUUGCGACACGGACCUCUACGUCUAGGAGAUCGAAUUCUUUCCGCACAGCCAGGUUUCAAGCUCUUCUUAGCAACCAGAAGAGAGUCAUUGGUGAGGGGUGAAGCGCUUCCAAGAGAAGCAGUCGUUGCACAGGUUGUCCUCGGUGCCGGAAUCGGUAGCCUUGCAGAGCGACUUGUAGAACAAGCGCUACUCAAGGAGACCCCUGGGCUUCAGGAGGCGAGAAGAGCAGCCUUAGAAAGGGAGGAGCAGUUAGCUGGUGAAAGAGAUACCGCCCGAAUUGAUCUUCUCGCACAACUUGGUGCAGCUCGAGGACAGGAUAUACUUUCAGGGGAGCAAGGAUCAGGAGGAGGACUACUCGGCUCUUUAGAAGCUACGCAGGCUAAGGCGAAGGAAAUUGCAAAAGCCCUAGAAGACAGCAGACGUAGUCUUGAGGAGGUGACAAAGCGAGCGCAAGAACACGCUGCUUUCGCAAAAUUCGCCGCCGGUCUCUACGAUGCGGUAAAAAAACUUCCCCGGCUUGGACCACACUACGUCUUUUCGGCCGAAGAGUUUACUGAGUUAUACUUGAAGACUUUGAAAAUUCGAGAUGCUGAGGUUGCUAGAAAUUCAUCCAAUGAAGCGCUCAUCGGUGAUGAAAGAAGAAAGAGACUGAUAGCAUUGACUUUACAGCACUGUGCUAAGGCAGCUUACCGUAAACACAGACUCGCCUUAGCUUUGCAUUUAGUUCUCGCGUUGGGUACUGAUAUUUCACAUGCAGAGAAAAAUUUGCUGCUCAGUGAAAACACUUUGUUGAGUUCUGAGGUCAGUGCAAUACCGGAAUGGGUACCAGAGGAACGGAAGUCUGCAGUCGCUAUACUUGCAGCCGCAAGACCUCAGAUUGGAUCAAAGUUAUGUCCAGCCUGGCUCGCUGAUGCCUCAAAGAUUUUUGCUGAUGGUACCCUAACGCCAUUGCAGAAAACUCUGGUUGUUCGAGCUUUACGACCCGACCAUCUGCACACAGCUUUGUCAAAGCUUGCGGCAAGUCACUUGGGGGUGAGAGACAUUGCGCCUCCAGCGCUAUCGCUCUCUAAAGGUGACUGGGGUGGAAGACCGGCUCUUCUUCUUCUCUCCCCUGGAGCAGAUCCUGGUCCUGAAUUGCGUGGACUCGCAGCUAACAAAGAAAUUUCAUUUGUCGAGGUUUCUCUGGGUCAAGGACAGCUGAAGCAAGCCGAAUCGGCUCUAGAAACUGCGUGUAGAAACGGAGGCUGGGUGCUGUUGAGUAAUCUUCAACUGGCCUUGAAUUGGCUACCUCGUUUGGAAAGUUUACUACGAUCGCCAGUAUGCACCACAGAGCGUGAUCCAAAUACUCGGAUCUGGCUGACGACUGAGGAGUGUCCAUCAGGAUUUUAUCCCGGGCUUUCUGCUCUUUGUGCAAAACUCGCUUACGAACCACCAGAAGGUGUGAAACGAAACGUGAAAAGAUCCCUACAACAGCUACAUGAUCAACAACUACAUCGACAGAAUCAACAAGAAUCGGAUGAUUCAGCUGAGUUACUUCUUCUUGCUUGGCUUCACGCUACUCUUCAGGAACGCAGAAAGUUUGUCCCGCAGGGGUGGAUCAAGGCUUACGAAUGGAGUGAAACAGAUCUCGAAGCAGCAUCUAAAUUGAUAAAGGGUAUGGCGGUUAAGGCGGAUUGGGAAGGAGGACGUGGUCUUUUGGAUGCAGCGAUUUACGGUGGUCGUCUUCAAGACGCCUACGAUGCUAGAGCGUUGCGUGCGAUGUUAGCGGACACAUGGGUCGGGGAAGUUUACACCGGUCGUAAAAGUCUGGGUGGUGUUCUCAGCGUUUCCGAUGCCUCAGGUCUUCGGGACGCAGCAAAGUUACUGCAAACUAUUGACCGACUUCCCGAUCUUGAUCCACCAACUGAUUACUUCGGACUUCCGGCAAAUGCUGAUCGCGCAUGGGAAAGAGCAGCAGCUGAAUCAGCGCUUCUACUUCUAAGAGGAAUGGGCAUAAAAACGAGUUCAGAUCGGACGGAUGAUCAGAUUGAAGGAACAGAACCGUCAUCGAGUCUCCAGAAUCUUCUGGAAGAAAUAACGAAAGUAAAAGUCCCAAGAGACGUCGGGGAUGGUGAUGAAUUGGCUAGGGAUCCCCUGGAAGAUUUUUACAUUCAGGAGCAGAAGUCCUCAUUAAAGUUGCUGAAACGCGUGUACCGCACGAUCCAGAGCAUCAAUAUGGAAGGCGGACAUUUGAUGACACCCAAGGAAUGGUUCAAAGACUGGCCCACUGGUCCUUUGGAAGCGAUUCCGUUUGCUUGGAAAUUAUUGGAAAGACAACGAGCGCUCAGUAAAUUCUGUAUGGAUGGUGCAGCACACGUAGAUCUUUCGUUGCUUGCGAAUCCAGAAGCUCUGUUCGCUGCUCUCAAACAGCGAACGGCAAGAAAAACCGGACGUCCAAUCGAGGAGCUUAUUCUACGCGCUAACUGGUCCGAAGAUCGCAGAAACCAAGACGAAGGAUCUCGUUGUGGUGUUAUCAUCGAAGGGCUUUUACUGACAGGUGCUAUAAUACAAGGUGGACGUCUUGUAGAAGUCACAGCCGACGGACCUCCCGUUUUAACAACGCCCCAUUGUCAGCUUUCAUAUUGGAUCGUGGAACGCGAAGCUUCAGCUGGAUCAACUCGGGCGAGCUUCGACUUUGCCGUAGACGUCCCGUUGUACAUGGAUCUGGGGAGGAAUCGUUUAAUAUCGGCCCUACCAAUAUUAUGCGAUCGAGAACGCCGUGAUUCCUGGUUACGUCGAGGGGUCGCCCUGCACUUGACAACUUCUUCGGUGCCACGAUAAACAAAUUGAAGACCAAUGUUUCUGUUUCUUAGCUCUUUGAUUGUAUCCGGAAUUGAUGUAAUUAAAUGAAUAGCGUAUAAGUGCCCAAAAAACGAUGAGCAAAUUAUUGAUUGAAUGUAAAUUGAGGAAAAAAUAUUGACCAUAGUAUUGUUACUCAUAAUUCGUGAAGAUGAAUAACUAUGAAUCCACAAUAGGCAUUGCGAGGUCGUAAUAUGUUAGUUAUAUGCAGAUAUGUAUUUGUCACCAUCAAUUUUGCAAUAAACAUUGACUACUCUGAA